AUGACUCCAACCGUUUUGUACAAGUGCCCUGCGCCGGGCUGUCCCUAUCCCAACGACGAUCUGUACGACUCGCAGGAUGCGCAUGUUCGGGGACGACACCAGAAGGAAGUCAAAUGCACGGGAAAGGACGGCAACCUAUAUGCCGUUCCGCGCGACCAGUCGACGGGAAUGUUCCACUGCCCCCUUUGUCCAUGGCAGACGCGCCAUUCGAAGGCUUUCCGGACUCAUCUGGCGAGGGCAGGAUGCCGUGUCAUGAAUGCACAGAUUGCGGCGCGAGCGACGGUCGCUGCGAUCGCCGCACCUCAUCCGCCCCCUCCCUCCCUGCCCGUUCCCUUAUGGGAAGUUCCCCAGUCAUUCCCCGCCGAACCCUCCCCGCCUGACCCUUCAUCGAGCGGUCGUCUAGGGGCAGUAGUUUCCGGCCUGUUCGGCGGACUAGCCCGUCAUUUUUCUGGACGGCCGGAUACCAUUCGCGGCAACGAACCUCGGCCUCCGCCACCUUCGGAUCACCAUCUUGAUGCUCCCCGCAAGCGCAAGCGCGUCUCGUCCACGGAGUCAUCUGCCGCCAAUGAAGAUACAGGGGUGCACCGCGAUAUCGACGCGCAGAUGCGUCUUCGUCAGAGGGUCAAACGGGACGCCGCCUGCAGCUCCGAUGAGGUGUUGGCCCCACGCGUUCCCCCUCUUCAUAACUCCUUGUCUCAUGGGGACGUUGAAGGGGACGACAUCGAGUACGUCGAUCCGGACCCUGAGCCAGACGUUGCGGCCCCGAAAGACAUUACCGCGGCUGCCCCUCCUGACCCUUCCGCCGCACCUCAAGGCGACUUCCCAGACGGCAGUUCGGAUUACGAUUCGAGCUACCGCCCCUCCUCCCGCGGUGGAUCUUCUGUCAGCGAGAGUGGAUCGGAAGAUGAAGACGAAGAUCGCGAGGACAUUCUCGUCGGCUCGGAUGAGGAACGCGAGCCCGUUCUUCGAUCGUCGGACAUUCCCCGACAUCUCAGCGCGGAAGAACGGAAGCUUGAGAUCCGUCGCUUGCAGGCCACAGUCCAUCCGGGCCCGCACCACCUGCAGCUGGACAACGAUGAAGACAGAAGCCUCCUCAAACGAGCGUUUUGUGUAGUGGAUAUGCAGUACCAUGUACUUAUUUGCACGCGUGAACGGUGUGGAUACGCGUUGGACCCUGCCCACUUGCACGGGCAUUUCAAUAACAGCCAUUAUCAACACCUCUCUUACGACGAGAUUGAACGCAUCCGCGCCAUUUGUACUCUCCAUGAUCUUCGCGGCGCUCGCGAGAUGAAGAAGGUCGUGCCGCGCAACCGCAAGAUUCACUACGGCCUCAAGAUCCACCCGUCCAUCGUUUUCUGCUCGUCUUGCAAUCACGGUUCCGUCUCCGAAAGUUCUCUGGCGCGCACGCACAAGUGCCGCGCGCUCUCCGACUCCUCCGCCGUCCCCUCUUCUCAGCGUACUUAUCGGGCGAAGGCUCAGACGUUUUUCAGCGGCAGUCGGAUGCGGCGGUACUUCCCUGUCGAGUAUUGCGCAAUGGAGCCGAUCAUCAACGAUGCCGCAGCCAAGGAGGCCUGGAACCUGGUCAACUCGCGGCUCGUCGAACCCGACUUCGAGCAAGUCCCCAUCAAAUCCCCAGAGAACCUUCGGCAGCUCUCAACGUUCGAGCUGCGAGAAGGAUGGCUACGCUACGUGAAGGGCAAGAGCGGCGCCGAAAUUCAAGAGAUCCUUGACGAAUCGAAUGAUCCGGACGCCGUCGAUCUACUUUCGCUUUAUUUAGAACGGUAUAUUGACGUCGCCUUGUACGCCUUGGAGGAUGAGACCUACACGAUCCAGUCGAAGCUUGUUAAUAUCGGAUUGAAAGACGAGUAUAAGGGUUCAAUCCGCCGCACCCAGACCUGGCCCGAUUAUGUCCGCAAAUUCGUCCCCGCCCUGCGUCUUGCCAUCCGCGCCGCUCGAGACGCCCUUCCUGAGAACGUCACCAUGCCUCUCACGGACGACCAGCGGACCUCUUCUCUCGAGUUGUUCAAUCAGCUCGAGAACGCGUACGCGAACAACGUGCUGCCUGUCAGCAUGGAGCAGCUGGAGGAGGAUCGCAUGAAGACGCCUAUCAUGGAACGUUUCGGCGCCGAUCGUCCCGUCAUCGAGGCUCUUCACCGUCUCCUCUGGUCUCUCGUGUCUCACAAAAAGGUCGGCUGUAAUCCCAGUAAAUUCUACACGCUCCUGUACAACUUUCUCGUGCUCAGCUCGUACGACGCGAACGGACAGUUGAAGUUUGCCACCGUCAUCGCGCACAUGAUAUCGCCCAUUCUCUAUAUCUGUCGUCUCUCUGCCUUCGUGCAGGGCGUUUUGUACUCGCAAGAGAGGGACGUGCCAUAUCUUGACAUUCGGUUGGACGACGAAGGCAUGCCAUGGAUUCAAUUCGCCGAUAAAAACUACAGGACUUGGUCUCAUCACGGGAAGGUCAUCGGCAUGUUGACGAUCGGCGAUGCGAUACUGAAGGCCGCAGAGGAAGCCAUGCGCAUCAUCAAGGAUGAAAUUCUGUGCGGCAUCCCCAUUACUCACGCGGCGUUCGACUUCAAGCGGACCGGCUUGGUAGACUCGCCGCACAAUACAGCCUUGCACUAUUCCUUCGCACUGCACCCGGACAACAAUUUCGAAUCUUACCGCAAGACUCUGCUCGAACUAUGGACCGCGACUCAGCGCACGCGCCAACGUUUUGUGAACGAAAAGGCUCUACCCGGCGAGUCCGUUUGGCAUGUCGCCGAGGUCGAAAAAGUUUACGCGCAUUACAACCGCGUCCAGGAAAUACUCCUGGCCAUCACCUGGUUCGCUUGCGGUGCCCCUGGGCGUGCGACGGAAUGGCAGGCGCUCAUCGGCAGCAACACUCAGCAGGGACAUAUGCGGAGCCUGUACGUGUUUACCGAUGAGUUCUACUUCGUCACCGGCUACCACAAGAACCUUGGUGCGACCGGCAAGCAGAAGGUCACCACCAAGCUCGUGCCGGAACAACUGCGCGAGCUACUGCUUUGGUCGAAGGUAAUCGUGCAGCCCGCGAUGGAGUAUCUCGUAGAGGAUACUCACGGCCACGACGCGCGGAUGCGGAUGUAUGACGAUGUAUUCCCUCUGGCAGCAGGCACCCGACGACCCGACGCGCUUGGGAGCACCUGGACCGGUCUUAUGCGAAAAUAUCUCGGCGUGGAACUGAACAUUCACGACGCUCGCGCCGCGUCUGCCGCAGUUGAAGCUUUCCAACUGAACCUCGACGCGGACACGCAGCAACAUGCGCUCCAUCGGUGGCACCGAAUCAUGGCCCAGCAGCGAGGUCAUACGCCCGAAACGGAAGACAGGUUUUACGCCUUGUCGUUUUCGAUGAUGAGGUCGGUGAGCCCGUACCAACUGCGAGGGUUCACGUACGGCUCUCAGCUUCAUCAAUCUUUACUCGGAUUUUGUGCCCAUCCCGACUCGCCGCAGGCGACACUCGCCACCGCUGCUGUCAAUCCUCAAGCGGUAGUCUGCGUUCCGACGCUCGAGUCCCAGAAGCAAACGGCGCAAUUUGUGCUCAGCGGUGUGGCUGACGCGCUGAACCCGUCGUUCGCGCAUACAGUUUCCUCCAUCCUUUCUGUUGUUCCUCGUGUAUCCGAGUCGCAGCAAACACUUCCGAAGGAGAAGAAGCGAAUCCCAGCGUUGGCACUUAAGGCUCUUCGUGACCUGCUCCGUGACCCGGACGCGUCUUUCCGUUGCUUUGAACAAGGCGAGGCCAUCACCGACGCGUUGGCUGGUCACGACGUGCUGGCCGUCUUGCCUACCAACGCCGGCAAGAGUUUCGUCCCGCUCGUCGUCGCGCACUACUACAGGCCCUGCGGCAAGUUUAUCGCGGUCGUCGUACCGAUCUCUGCGUUGCUUCAAGAGUGGGCGAAGAAAUGUACACGACUGCAUCUGUCUUACAGCGUGUGGGGUUUCGAUAAUCAGACCCCGGAAGCGUCUGUGAUCCUCGUAUCGCCCGAGCACGCCGGCUCUCGGGAGUUCUACCGAUGGGCACAAGAUCAAGCUGCGCUUACGAAGCUCAUCGCGCUGGCGUUCGAUGAAUGCCACCUCGUCGUUGAACACGCGUCGUUUCGUGACUGUUUCCAUCAGCUCGCGCGCCUCGGAGCUCUCAGCCUGCACGUUAUAUUGCUCACGGCCACCGCCCCGCAGCGUAUCCUCCCGACUUUGCUGUCGGCAUUGGGCAGCCGCCAGCCCCGGACCGUUCGCGCGCCAAUCGUUCGACCGGAGAUUAAGUAUCUGUAUCGUCACUUCUCGGACCAAUAUAAAGCUAUCGACUUUAUUGGCGCGGAGUUUGAGGAGCGCCUGAAAAACUAUGGCCCCGAGGAUCGCGCCAUUGUCUUCGCGCAUUCCGUGAGCCAGUGCGAAGACAUCUCCGCGGUUCUAUCUUGUCAGGUCUACUCGGGCCAGCUGCCUCCGCAAGAGCAAAAGGAGGUCUACGACCAAUGGUCUGAAGUUGGUCCAGUCGUCGCGGCGACUCUCGCCCUUGGGUACGGCAUUAACGUCCCACACGUCCGCGACGUGUUUUUCUUUGGCCUCCCCAGCAACUUCCUACUCGCCGAGCAAGAGUCAGGACGGGCUGGUCGCGAUGGACAACCCGCCCGAGCAUGGUUCAUCGACAUCACCGACCCCAAGUUCUUCCGACACCCUCCGAAGGCACACAACCUCCUAGGCGACGCCGACAUCGUUUCUGCUCUUCGCUCUACCGAUUGCUUGCGGCUUCCCUUCAGCCAGUUUUUUGACGACCGUAAUAUUUCCUGCCCGGAGCUUGCAAAUGUCCAGCUAUGCAUGAACUGCGAGGAGGCUAUCCGCCGCCCUCCUCCUCUUCUAUUUCCCCGUCAGGAUCCGGCCUGGGGCGAGUCAACCAUUCGCCCCUACCUCCCGUUGACCGACGGGCUGCCGCGUCCCAACGUCAUGGCCUUCCCGGGCGUUGGCGAGUCGGUCGUGGCUCGUGCAAGGCAGAAUGAAGCGACCAUCCCCGCGCAUCCUCCUGCUCCCAGUUACUCUCUCCCUCCUUCUUCGUCUCCCGUGCCUCGUCCCGCAACGCCUCCCGCGCCCGCGCGCCCCGCACUUCCUUCCCCUCCAGCCACGAAGCACGGACAUGAUGCAAUAAUCGAUCUAUGCUCGGAGACAACAUACGGCUUGUCCGACGGCGACGACGACCUCUACAUGGACAUCGACACCGUCGCGUUGGACAAGCAAAUCCAGGGCAAGGGCAUCGGUUGUACUUAUGUCACGGUCGGCACCCCGUCAUCGAUACCUUCCUCCAUGGCCUGUCAAAUAUUCAGCGACCUCCCAGCGCCUCAAAACAAAUCCAAUCCCCCUUCAUCCGCGCCGCCCUCAUCCGUCGCCAGACGUCUUCCUUCGCCACGGCCCACGGCCUCAACUCCAAGGACGGCGCUUCCUUUGCAAAUUGACGACGUGUUCAGCAGCUCGCUAUCCGGCAGCCCUGCCCCGCACCCUCAUGGACGCCGCCGAGGGUUGGUCCAGCUCCCGUCGUCGUCCCCAACGCCGACGCCGUUCGCUAACGCAACCAGACUCACGGGACCUUUCCCCGACUUCACCGUUCCGGUACGCAAACAGGAUGGUCCCUCGUCGCGCGGACCACAUGGCACGACACAGACGCAACCUCGCGCGUCGACUUCAACCUCUGAGCUCAUCGUCGAGUCCUCGUGCGGGUCUGGCGGCGCCCUUUCGCGCCGCGAUUCUUACAAGGGAACCUCGGCGCCGACACGCUCUGCCCCACCCAUCAACCAAAAGACGCGGCCGCUGCCGCCGAAUGUUCACAAGGUUAUGCCCUAUCAUGCCAGGGGUUAUCGCCGCCCGGCUCCAGCGGAACGUUCGCCAUCGCCACCGCCAUUGUCGGUGCCACAGGGAAAUACUUACAUAGCACCGGUCAUCCCGCUUCCACCCCCCAGCGCUGCGACCUUCGACUGGACAUGGCCGCCUCAAACAGAGGUGAAUAUUGCAACAUCCCAGGCACUCGAUUUCCAAACGUCCAUGAUUGCCGAGGCCCUCAAAACGAUCAGGGAACUAGCGGCCAAGACAUGCGUCAUCUGUCGGAUCCAAAAUGUGGAUAACUACGUCGAACAUCCCAUCACGGAUUGUCCAACGUUCCAGAAAACGGGCCGGGGAACAUACAUCGGAUGGCUCAAGGCUCACGCCCAGAAACCCGGUCUUUGCUGGAUGUGCGGGUUCACGACGGUAAGGCCAUUGCCUUGA